AUCAACAUCCAAGGAGUUGGUUUAACUGUUUUUGUUUCCUCAUUGUUGACUCCUUCAAUUACCAUGAAACUUCAUUGGGUGCAACUAAACAACCUGAAGAACCUUCAUUUGUGUUACCAUAAUUGAUCACAUUUAAGAAAGGCUCCAGACAUCUAAAACCAUGGAGGAAUAUAAUAGUGAAGUUUUAAAAACUGUUGAAGACUUAGCUAACAACAUCCCCAUGGAUAUAAAUGUUAGUGCAGACGUUUACAAAAGUACUGAAACCCCAAACGAGAAUGAUUCGAAGUUAAGUAAUGCACCAAAUGAAUCCACGAAUGAUUCCGGACAAUUAGAUAAAAAUACAAUAGAAAAUGAAGACCCCACACCUGAAGAAUCAACUGCGCCUGAUAAGUCUGCAGAGGAAUGUAAUUCAAUAUCAAAUAAAGAAGCAGACAGUGAAGAAACCGCUGCAACUGCACAAAAUUCAACAGAUGUUCCUCCUAUAUCCACAAGUGACAGUGAAAAAGUUGUAGAUACUGUAAGUGAAACAGGGAAAGAAGAAGAAGCUGGUGAAACUGUGCCAGAAAAAAUGGAUUGGACCGAAUCGGAAAAAGAUCCAGACAAAGUUCCUGAAAACGAUAAUGACACUAGCAAAAAUUCUAACGAGAAACCUAGCGAGAACGAGCCAAUUAGUGAAAACUCUUUAAACGAUAGCAAGGAAAUUGACGAUGCAGAACAUGACAAGCCAAUCAUUUCCACUGAAAGCGAAGAACCUGUAGAUCCGCCUCCAGCAGAAUCCCAGGAUACAUCUUCCGAUGACAAAGAAACACCAGAACCCAGCGCUAGUGUAACAACAACAGAAGAUCUGCUAGAAGCUCCUAGUGAAAAUAAUCCAGAAUUAGAAGACAAAAAAGCAAUCAUUGAUAGUACAGUCGACAUGGAAUCCAAAUCGCCAGUAAGUAAAGAGCUGCAAAGCGAAGAUAUCACAGAUACUUCCCCGAUUCUUGAAGACGACAAAAUAAAAAAGCCCAUCAUCGAAGAUGAAGUCAAAGUGAUCGAAGAUAACGACGAUCUUAUUAGUAAAAGCAAAGCCACUAACGAUGACAGCAUGGAAAUCGAGUGUGAAGAAUUGGACAAAGAUGGCAACGAUAAAGAAAAACAGUCCGAUAGGGAAAACACGGAAUUCGUGCAUGUUACAGAAAACGAGAAGGAGAGCGAUGAUAUCGACAAAGACAGCGCUUCCGGGUCUCGGAGGGACAUGGAACACGAUCCUAUUGCUUCAGACUCGUUCGAGAGUUUGAACAAUGAAGACAGGGAAGGAGCUGAUGAAGAAUUAUGCAUUAUUCCAGAUACCGAACGUGAAAUCUCGCAGGAAGAAAGAGAUGCUGCCUCAUCUAUUACACCACUUCGCGAUAUUAGUGAAGCAACAGUAUCGAUUCAACCUGAAGAAAACAAUCAAGAAGUACCCGAACAAACAAGCCCUUCACCCAUAGUUAUUUUCAAAUAUGAAAUGGACGACCUGCAAAUAUGCAAUGAAUGCAAAUUGAAACGGAAAGUCAAAUAUUACUAUUCAGUGAAAGAUGACAUAGAUGCCGAUGAGAAGUAUCUUUGCGAUGAGAACUGCUUGAACACUUUCAAGAGUAGCCAAAGUGAUAAAAUCGCUUUGAAUUGGGAGGAAGGCGGUUUAAGAGUGAAGGAUUUCUCAGGGGUCUCGAAAGAAUCGACUACCAAAGACUCCACUUUGGUUAGGAAAUGCGCGAUGUGCAGUAAACAACCCAACGAAGAUGAAAUUUUGAUAUGGGAAAUCAAGGACUUUUGCAACGAGUUUUGCCUGAUCAAAUAUCAGAAAGAAAUCGGUUCGUUCUGUUCGACCUGCAAAGGGGAAGUUAAUUCGAAUUCUCUCGGAAAGUACUGCGUUAGGUUCGGUACUGACAUAAGGCAGUUUUGUUCGAGUCUCUGUUUAGAUAAAUAUAAAAAAGGAUUGAAAGUAUGCUCCUACUGUCAGCAGGACAUGUCGGGAGGCGCGCCGGGAUUCUUAGCUCCUGUAGGAGACAAGGGCAUAUUCAAGGAUUUCUGUUCCCGCGAUUGCAUGGAAAAAUACGACGUUAUGACAAACAACAAACCGCCCAUUGUACCCGCAGGUACGACUUGCUCGGUAUGCAAGGCUGAGAAACCCAUAACGAUUGAAUACGAGCUAGACAGGACUACGAACUACUUUUGUGGAGAACCUUGCUUUGUGGCUUUCAGUUUCGUAAACAACAUAUCGCCGGGUAAAUGCGGUAUGUGUCGCAGGCACUUCCCGAAAGACACGCUCGAGAAGCACACGAUGUAUUACGAUAAUAUCCAGCUCAGAUUCUGCUCGGCCAGCUGCGAAAACAUUUAUAUCAUCGCGCAUAGGAAAAUCGUUCCGUGCAGCUGGUGUAAAGUAAAAAAAUACAACUUCGACAUGAUCAGAAAACACUCGAAUUCAGACACAAUUAUCAACAUGUGCAGCGUAAACUGCCUGACCUUGUACCGAGUCUCCGUGGAAGCUGUCAGUUUGAAGCAAGCGACUUGCAGUCUAUGCCAAAAAUUCACUCUUCCUAUGUACCACCUAACAAUGUCCGAUGCCACUUUGAGAAACUUCUGCUCUUACAUAUGCGUUUUGAAUUUCCAAAACCAAUACUCCAAGCCCAGCAAUCGGAGCGAUUCGGCGCAACCAGUCCCUACCGGACAACCAAGGAGAAACAAGCAAAACACAGAAACUGAUUCAGUUUCCAUACAAGAUAUAAACCAAUUACCAGUGAUAACGAGCGUACAAAGCCUGGCAUCUAACGGGAAUAUGGCGCAAGCGUCCGCUGUACCAUCGACCAUUUCGUCCAUAAACACCAGAAGCACCCGCUCGAAAUCUUCGAAUUCCUCGUCGCAGGCGAUCAACUCGUUCUCGGACGCGCCGUUCCAGGUGCAAAUCAAGCAGCACUUCAUCGUCCGGCCGGCGCCCAUUCCCGAGCAACGAAACGUCGGAACGAUGUGCUACACGCGCAAAUUGAACAAGGGCACCAGCGCCCGGCCCGUCAUGGUCGAUCAGGAGGUGCAAACCGACGAGAGGGAGGAGAAGAAAAUCCUAAUACCCGUUCCCGUUCCCAUUUACGUGCCCACUCCGAUGCACAUGUACAGCAUCCCCACGCCGGUUCCCGUGCCGAUACCCUUGCCGAUACCGAUUCCCAUAUUCAUCCCGACUACUAGAAACUCUGCGGCUGGCAUCAUGAAGGAAAUCAAAAAAAUUCAAGUAAAAAUACCGACUGAUCCUUACGAAGCCGAGCUGCUGAUGAUGGCCGAAAUGGUUGCUGAAGAAAAGAAAGAAGAUAUUACGGAUUCGGAAAGCGAUGUGGAUGACGCUGGUGGGCCAGAUGAUGGCUACAGCCCGGAGCCUGUAGAUGCCAGCAACACUUUCGGCGACGAUAUGUUGCAAAUGGCUCUAAAAAUGGCCACUGAAUUAGACGAACCGCCUGUCGAUCUCGAAGGCGCCCUCACCGCGAAUACUAUUACAGCACCACAAGGUGGCGAAGCGCAUCCAGUGGGAGAAGAAAAUGUGGACGAUCAGCAACCUAUGCACCAUCACAUGAUGGGCGACAGGAACCCCGCGAUCAGAGGGAGGAAGAGAGGCAUGAGACAACCCCGUUCCGGGGCUAAGCGCGGCAGAAGAAUGUCACAUCACCAGGUCGAUAUGCCGAUGAUGCCGCACCACCAAGUCCAACAGCCGCCUCCGCCGCCCGAACCCGCGGAAAAACCCGACGCCAAUAUGUGUCUGAAGUACACGUUCGGAGUGAACGCCUGGAAGCAAUGGGUCACGACGAAGAACGCCGAAUUGGAGAAAUCCUCGAGGCUCGUGAAGCUCUUCAAAACCGAAAUUCUCCAAUUGACCGCGGACGAACUGAAUUACUCGCUUUGCCUGUUCGUGAAGGAGGUGCGGAAGCCCAACGGCGCGGAGUACGCGCCCGACACGAUAUACUACCUGUGCUUGGGCAUCCAGCAAUAUUUGUUCGAAAACGGGCGCAUUGAUAACAUAUUCUGCGACGCUUACUACGAGAAGUUCACCGAUUGUUUGGACGAGGUGGCGAAGAAGUUCUCGGUGCUGUACAACGAUUCGCACUACAUCGUGACGAGGGUCGAAGAGGAGCAUUUGUGGGAGAGCAAACAGUUGGGGGCCCAUUCGCCUCACGUUCUGCUGAGUACUUUGAUGUUCUUCAACACCAAGCACUUUAAUCUUACGAGCGUUGACGAGCACAUGCAGUUGUCCUUUUCGCACAUUAUGAAACAUUGGAAGAGAAAUCCGAAUCAACCGGGGGCUUCUAAAGUUCCGGGUUCUAGGAAUGUCUUGUUGCGCUUCUAUCCACCACAAAGUGCUAUACAAAACAACGCUAGGAAAAAGAAAGUUUACGAGCAACAAGAAAACGAAGAAAAUCCAUUGAGAUGUCCUGUGAAACUCUACGAAUUCUACUUAUCCAAAUGUCCGGAGAGUGUGAAGACGAGAAACGAUGUUUUCUAUCUGCAACCGGAACGUUCCUGCGUACCGGACAGUCCGGUUUGGUACUCGACGAUGCCUUUGCCGAAGGAGGCCCUCGAGAAAAUGCUUCACAGGGUCAAAAUGGUGAAAGAAAUUAACGUUGCCCUUUUAACCAGCUAAGUGAAUUUUAAUGGACCACCUUCCAUUGGACAUUUUAAAUUUAAGUACCUAACUGAUUGAAACAAAUAUGAAGCUAACGUUGUAGUUGAAUUUGUUUAAAAACAGGUGUAGAGUGCGUUGUGUAGUAGUGGGAUGAUUUGUUAAAAUAUUCUUCCAUUUAAAAGAAAAUGUAUUGUUAUAAAACUCACUGUAACUGAAUUAUAAUGCACUCUAUGUAAUUUUCCUUUAGUCUUAAUCACUUACUCGAUUAUAAUUUAUAUGAAAAACGAAUUCACUGCUGUUAGUUACCCUUCCUACAGAGACAUUUGUAGACAAUUUUUGAUAAAUAUUUCUUACCUUGAUGUUAUUAUAACUAUGUGUAGUUAACAAUUUAAAAACUUCUGUAAUGUCCACUGAUACGUUAUAUAAUUUAAUUAUAUAUUUACAAAAUAAUUCCUGAUGUUGAUCAAUGACUAGCGAAUUUCAUGUGUUGAUAUAAGAUUUAUGAAUAUUUGAUAACAUAAAAGCUUAUAAUUUUCUCCAAUUAUUACUAACUAAAACUGUAAAAUAGUAAUUAGUUAACAUUUAGAAUUGAGUUUUAUACACUGUGAAUUAUAAAUAAAUUAGGCACUUUGUUUAUCUUUUAGAAUUGAUUUUUUUGGUAACAAUAGCAUGUAAGAUUUUAUACAAAUAUUUUCAAGUUUCCAGCAACCGAACUGCAUGUUUUACUUGUGAUGUAAAAACAGUUUAAACGUUGUAGUAAAAAAUAGUACCUUACGUUCAGAAGUAUAUUUAGAUAUACGGGGUUUAUUGUGAAAAAAUUGUCACAAAAUUUGUAAAAAAAAAUCUUUGUUGUAUUCCUAUUCAGAAGCACCUUACUGAUAUUCACAUUAUUCUUGAACAGUUUGUAAUUUGUAAAAAAGUAUAAUAUGCUUUGUUAAUUUUUCUAAUUACGUAUUUUUCCAAAUA